AGAUCCAACUCGCUCUGUCAUAGCUCAGUGCUGUCAGAAGCCUCCCCAGCCACAGGACUCGCAGGCUUCCCUCUUCCUCCCUCUCUCUCGCUCCUCCGUUGGACAGGACAAAUGUGAUCGUCUGUUUACAGGUUUUCUUGAAGAGGGGAGCGCGUCGGGCAGUGUCUACGAUGAUACGGACUGUUUUACAUCGGUUAAGGGGGAUAAUGGAGCCGACUUUAUGAGUCCGAGUGGCAAAGAGACAGCAUGGCGUUCACCCACUCACAUGUCAUGGCUUCAAGGAGACUCCCACCGAGCCGUGUCAUAAUUGAGGUGGAUGAAUACAGUUCAAACCCUACGCAAGCGUUUACAUUCUACAACAUUAAUCAAGGGCGCUUCCAACCACCACACGUGCAAAUGGUGGAUCCCGUACCCCAUGAUGCCCCCAAGCCCCCCGGAUACACUCGAUUUGUUUGUAUUUCCGACACGCAUUCUAGAACCGAUGUGAUGCAGAUGCCGUAUGGAGAUGUCCUAAUCCAUGCCGGGGACUUUACCGAGCUCGGACUGCCAAGCGAAGUGAAGAAAUUUAACGACUGGCUUGGAAGCCUCCCGUACGAAUAUAAAAUCGUUAUAGCUGGAAACCAUGAGCUCACCUUUGACCACGAGUUCAUGGCCGAUUUAAUAAAACAAGAUUUCUAUUACUUUCCUUCUGUGUCAAAGCUGAAACCCGAGAAUUACGAAAAUGUCCAAUCUCUCCUAACAAACUGUAUCUAUCUCCAAGACUCGGAAGUCACAGUUCGGGGAUUUCGAAUAUAUGGGUCCCCAUGGCAGCCGUGGUUUUAUGGCUGGGGGUUUAAUCUUCCUCGUGGACAAGCUCUGCUCGACAAGUGGAAUCUUAUCCCAGACGGCACCGAUAUCCUAAUAACUCAUGGGCCACCACUAGGCUUUUUAGAUUGGGUACCCAGGAAGUUGCAAAGAGUGGGCUGCGUGGAGUUAUUAAAUACAGUCCAGAGACGAAUACAGCCACGACUCCACGUCUUCGGUCACAUACAUGAAGGUUAUGGCGUCAUGGCUGACGGAACAACAACUUACGUGAAUUCCUCUGUAUGUACUGUGAAUUAUCAGCCCGUAAACCCACCGAUAGUCAUUGAUUUACCGACCCCCAGGAACACGUGAUUUAACGUGACUUUUAUCAGCUGGUUCAUGGAUGAGCAGAUUGUAUUCUGGAGCCUUUGUUGUGUAAUGACCAUAGUUAUAAAGCGUUAAAUGCCAGCAUCUUACCUUAAUAACAGAGGUAACAGAUUUUUUUGGGGGGGCUGGUAAAUGGAUUGUUUCAAGUCUUAAAAAAAUAAAAACAAAGGGAAAAAAAUGAAAUUAUUUGGUUAAAGGAAUAGACGUUCUGAUUUCCUGGACAUAAACUUUUCUAUAUUUUAUUUGUUGAACACUGUCAGAAUUAUUUGGACGCCAGUUGGUAGCUCGAGGAUUCUGCAGAUGAGAACGGUCCGUACGUCUGAAACUUACUGCACACCGAGCCUUCAACAGCAAAAUGAUAAUAACCUACAUUUAAUAGAAACAAAUGCAAACUCCUGGGUUUUCUGGAAACAAAGAAAAAUAACAAACAAAAUAAACUUAAAAACAAAAAAAAAGACAAAAAAUGUUACGCC